UGCCUUCCUUCGUCCACAAGCAGAUCGGAUCUCUCUCCCCCCCUCCCACGGGACGACUGGAGUGGAGGAGGCACCACCCGCCGCCUCCGUCCCUCUCCACCACCCCAGGCUCGAGAGCGAUCUCCGCACCCCUGCCCGUCGCCAUGGCGGCGGCCAACGCCCCCAUCGCCAUGCGCGAGGCCCUCACGCUGACGAGCCUGGGCAUAGCGCCGCAGUUCGUCACCUUCACCCAUGUCACCAUGGAGUCGGAGAAGUACAUCUGCGUCCGCGAGACCUCCCCGCAGAACAGCGUCGUCAUCAUCGACAUGGCCAUGCCUAUGCAGCCGCUCCGACGACCCAUCACCGCCGACUCCGCGCUCAUGAACCCCAACAGCAGAAUCCUCGCACUCAAAGCCCAAAUACCUGGAACAACACAGGAUCACCUUCAAAUAUUUAAUAUUGAGGCUAAGACCAAAAUAAAGUCUCAUCAGAUGCCGGAGCAGGUUGUAUUUUGGAAAUGGAUCACUCCUAAGUUGUUGGGUUUAGUAACACAACAAUCAGUUUAUCACUGGUCAAUUGAAGGCGAUUCUGAGCCUGCCAAGAUGUUUGAUAGGACAGCUAAUUUGGCAAAUAAUCAGAUCAUCAAUUAUCGAUGUGACCCAGCGGAGAAGUGGCUUGUGCUUAUUGGAAUUGCACCUGGUGCUCCAGAGAGGCCACAACUGGUGAAGGGGAAUAUGCAACUUUUUUCUAUUGACCAGCAGCGUAGCCAGGCACUUGAAGCCCAUGCUGCAUCUUUUGCAACAUUUAAGGUUGUUGGUAAUGAGAACCCAUCAACCCUUAUUUGUUUUGCCUCAAAGUCAACUAAUGCUGGACAGAUUACUUCAAAGUUACAUGUUAUUGAACUGGGUGCCCAGCCAGGGAAACCUGGCUUUUCUAAGAAACAAGCCGACCUCUUCUUUCCACCAGAUUUCCAGGACGAUUUUCCUGUAGCUAUGCAGAUUUCACAUAAGUAUGGGCUUAUCUAUGUAAUUACAAAGCUUGGACUUUUGUUUGUAUAUGACUUGGAAACUGCCGCGGCAGUUUACAGAAAUAGAAUCAGUCCAGAUCCUAUAUUCUUGACAGCAGAAUCUGCCUCAACUGGUGGAUUUCAUGCCAUCAACAGAAGAGGGCAGGUUUUACACGCCACAGUUAAUGAUGCAACCGUUGUGCCUUUUGUCAGUGGUCAAUUAAACAACCUUGAGCUAGCUGUGAAUCUUGCCAAGAGAGCUAAUCUUCCUGGUGCAGAAAAUUUGGUUGUUCAAAGAUUCCAGGAACUGUUUGCACAAACAAAAUACAAGGAAGCAGCUGAGCUGGCUGCAGAAUCUCCCCAGGGCCUCCUGAGGACACCUGAGACUGUAGCAAAAUUUCAGAGUGUUCCUGUUCAAGCUGGACAAACACCCCCACUCUUGCAGUACUUCGGCACAUUGCUUACUCGAGGGAAGCUCAAUGCUUUCGAGUCUCUUGAGCUAUCUCGACUUGUUGUCAAUCAGAACAAAAAGAAUCUUCUGGAAAAUUGGUUGGCGGAAGACAAGCUGGAGUGCAGUGAAGAACUUGGAGAUCUUGUUAAGACUGUGGACAAUGAUCUUGCACUGAAAAUAUACAUAAAGGCUAGGGCAACCCCUAAAGUUGUGGCUGCUUUUGCUGAAAGGAGGGAGUUUGACAAGAUACUUAUAUAUUCAAAGCAGGUUUGUUGUUUUGGUUUUGUUGACGUCUUGUUUUCAGUCGUUAGACCUGAGUUGAGAUUUGAAAUGUCCUAUGACCUAAAACUUCCGGUUUUCCAGGUUGGAUACACUCCAGAUUAUCUCUUCCUCCUCCAGACCAUCUUACGUACAGAUCCACAGGGAGCUGUGAACUUUGCUCUCAUGAUGUCACAAAUGGAGGGAGGUUGUCCAGUAGAUUAUAAUACUAUAACUGAUCUCUUCCUUCAGAGAAACAUGAUACGAGAGGCAACAGCUUUUCUGUUGGAUGUUCUGAAACCAAACUUGCCAGAGCAUGCUUUUCUUCAAACAAAGGUUUUGGAGAUCAACUUAGUGACUUACCCAAACGUUGCUGAUGCCAUUCUUGCUAAUGGUAUGUUCAGUCAUUACGACCGCCCUCGUAUUGCUCAGCUGUGUGAAAAGUCUGGCUUGUACUUGCGAGCCCUCCAGCAUUACUCAGAGUUACCUGAUAUCAAGCGUGUCAUUGUAAAUACCCAUGCCAUUGAGCCACAGGCACUUGUUGAGUUCUUUGGCACCCUUUCAAGAGAGUGGGCAUUAGAGUGCAUGAAGGACCUUCUCCUGGUCAAUCUAAGGGGAAAUCUUCAAAUUGUUGUGCAGGCUGCGAAAGAAUACUCUGAGCAGCUUGGAGUUGAUGCUUGCAUAAAACUAUUUGAGCAAUUCAAAUCUUACGAGGGCCUCUACUUUUUCUUGGGAUCAUAUUUGAGCUCCAGCGAGGAUCCAGAUAUCCAUUUCAAAUACAUAGAAGCAGCUGCGAGGACUGGACAGAUCAAAGAAGUUGAACGUGUAACCAGAGAGUCUAACUUCUAUGAUGCUGAGAAGACAAAGAACUUUUUGAUGGAAGCAAAACUACCUGAUGCCCGCCCACUGAUUAAUGUUUGUGACCGCUUUGGUUUUGUUCCAGAUCUAACUCACUAUCUAUACACAAACAAUAUGCUUCGGUAUAUUGAAGGCUAUGUACAGAAAGUGAAUCCUGGAAAUGCUCCCUUGGUAGUGGGGCAACUACUUGAUGACGAAUGCCCUGAAGAUUUCAUCAAGGGUUUGAUUCUCUCUGUUCGUUCUCUCCUUCCUGUUGAGCCACUUGUUGAUGAAUGCGAGAAGAGGAACCGCCUACGGUUGCUCACACAGUUCUUGGAACACUUAGUGAGUGAGGGCAGCCAAGAUGUGCAUGUCCACAAUGCUCUUGGGAAAAUAAUCAUCGACAGCAACAAUAAUCCAGAGCAUUUCCUUACCACCAACCCAUUUUAUGACUCUCGUGUAGUCGGUAAAUACUGUGAAAAGCGGGAUCCUACACUUGCUGUUGUUGCUUACAGACGUGGGCAGUGUGAUGAUGAACUUAUUAAUGUCACUAACAAAAACUCACUUUUCAAGCUGCAAGCUAGAUAUGUGGUUGAAAGAAUGGAUGGUGAUCUGUGGGAUAAAGUUCUUCAGCCUGACAAUGAAUAUAGAAGGCAACUCAUUGACCAAGUGGUUUCUACUGCAUUGCCUGAGAGCAAGAGCCCUGAGCAAGUGUCUGCUGCUGUUAAGGCUUUCAUGACAGCUGACCUUCCUCAUGAACUGAUCGAGCUUCUCGAAAAGAUUGUCCUUCAAAAUUCUGCGUUCAGUGGAAACUUCAAUCUGCAGAACCUGCUCAUCUUGACUGCCAUCAAGGCAGACCCAUCCAGAGUCAUGGACUAUGUUAACAGAUUGGACAAUUUUGAUGGGCCUGCUGUUGGAGAAGUCGCUGUUGAGGCUCAACUGUAUGAGGAGGCUUUUGCUAUAUUCAAGAAGUUCAACUUAAAUGUGCAGGCUGUCAAUGUUCUCUUGGAUAACAUCCGAAGCAUAGAAAGAGCUGAAGAGUUUGCAUUCCGUGUUGAAGAAGAUGCUGUUUGGAGCCAGGUUGCUAAGGCCCAGUUACGUGAAGGUUUGGUCAGUGAAGCAAUUGAGUCCUUCAUUCGUGCAGAUGAUGCAGCACAUUUCCUUGAUGUCAUUCGUGCUGCUGAGGAAGCAAAUGCGUACAAUGAUUUAGUUAGGUACCUUUUGAUGGUAAGGCAAAAGGCAAGAGAGCCCAAAGUCGAUGGAGAACUCAUCUUUGCAUAUGCUAAGAUCGAUAGACUCAGUGACAUUGAAGAGUUCAUUCUUAUGCCAAAUGUUGCCAGCCUCCAAAAUGUCGGUGACCGUCUGUAUGAUGAAGAACUGUAUGAAGCUGCAAAGAUCAUCUAUGCCUUCAUCUCAAACUGGGCUAAGCUGGCUGUUACCCUUGUUAAGCUGAAGCAGUUCCAAGGUGCUGUGGAUGCUGCUCGCAAGGCUAACAGCGCUAAGACAUGGAAGGAGGUCUGCUUUGCUUGUGUUGAUGCUGAGGAGUUCCGUCUGGCACAGAUAUGUGGUCUCAAUAUUAUUGUCCAGGUUGAUGACCUGGAAGAAGUGAGUGAAUACUACCAAAAUAGAGGAUGCUUCAGUGAACUUAUAUCUCUCAUGGAGAGUGGUCUUGGACUUGAACGUGCACACAUGGGCAUCUUUACAGAAUUGGGAGUACUGUAUGCUAGAUACCGCCCUGAGAAGCUAAUGGAGCACAUAAAUCUGUUCUCUACCCGUCUCAAUAUUCCUAAGCUUAUCCGGGCUUGUGAUGAGCAACAACACUGGAAAGAACUUACCUACCUGUACAUACAGUACAAUGAAUUUGACAAUGCUGCCACCACUAUUAUGAACCAUUCUCCAGAUGCAUGGGAUCAUAUGCAGUUCAAGGAUGUUUGUGUUAAAGUUGCAAAUGUUGAGCUAUAUUACAAGGCAGUGCACUUCUAUUUUCAAGAGCACCCUGAUCUCAUCAAUGAUAUGCUAAAUGUGCUCGCACUUCGUUUAGAUCAUACCAGAGUUGUAGACAUAAUGCGCAAGGCUGGCCAGUUGCAUCUUGUGAAGCCGUAUAUGGUUGCAGUUCAGAGUAACAAUGUCUCUGCUGUGAAUGAAGCAUUGAAUGAACUUUAUGUUGAAGAGGAAGACUAUGAGAGGCUCCGUGAAUCAGUUGAUAUGCACGAUAACUUUGAUCAGAUAGGUCUUGCCCAGAAGCUUGAGAAGCAUGAAUUGCUUGAGAUGAGGAGGAUUGCUGCUUACAUUUACAAGAAGGCUGGCAGAUGGAAGCAAUCCAUUGCUCUAUCGAAGAAAGACAACAUGUACAAGGAUUGCAUGGAGACAUGCUCACAGUCUGGUGACCGUGAGCUGUCGGAGGACUUGCUUGUCUAUUUUAUCGGGCAGGGGAAGAAAGAAUGCUUUGCUUCUUGCCUCUUCAUUUGUUAUGACUUGAUUCGGCCAGAUGUUGCUCUUGAGCUUGCAUGGAUGAACAACAUGGUGGACUUUGCUUUCCCAUAUCUGUUGCAGUUCAUUCGUGAAUACACCAGCAAGGUCGAUGAUUUAGUGAAGGACAAAAUUGAGUCACAAAAAGAAGAAAAAGCCAAAGAGAAGGAAGAAAAGGAUCUUGUUGCUCAGCAGAACAUGUAUGCUCAAUUGCUUCCCCUUGCCUUGCCCGCUCCACCGAUGCCUGGUAUGGGCGGUCCUCCUCCCAUGGGUGGAAUGGGCAUGCCUCCAAUGGGUGGAAUGGGUAUGCCUCCGAUGGGUCCUGGUCCAAUGCCAGCAUUUGGGAUGCCGCCAAUGGGGAGCUACUAAGUUGGCUUUCGGAUAUGUCAGAUGAUUGGAAAUUCAGUUCAAGCGGAAGUAAAACUUGAGGUUCCAGAGGCAUCUUUGGAGUUGUAGAUGAUUUGUUGUUUCAAUUAAUAUUCUUUUUGGUACCAGGACAAUUUUGGCGAGUAAAUCUCAAGCCGUGUUUGAGAUUGUUACUGGUUGAUAUAUAUUAAGAUCGGCUAGGAUCAGGAUGAUUAGGCUCAGCGUGAGCUGUGCAAAGCUGGUACCAUUUGUAUAGCUUGUGAUAAUAUAUCCAGACAUUUUUCUUGUACACUCGAUCACCACAGCAUCGGUGUUAGACAUAAAACAAUGUAUGCUAUUUACCUCUUUACCCUCUAAUUUUUAGUGGUUUGCUUACGUUUA